AUGAAGGGAGAAUCAGUGGAGGUACCAGGGUACACCACCCUACCGGUGCAGCUCCCCACAACACCCCUAUUCCCCAAACCCGCCACCCACUACCUCUACAUCCGCCCCCACGAGCCCCGAAUCCCAGACCCAGAUUCCACCCGCUCCCUCUUCAUCGUCAACAUCCCAAUCGACACAACAGAAGCCCACAUCCGCCACCUAUUCGGCACGCAACUAUCUGCCGGCCGCGUCGAGCGCGUCCAAUUCGAAGAUGUCCCGACCAAAAAGCGCACAGCAGCAACAAGCACAGAAACCAACACCUCGAAAAAGAAGCGCAAGCGCGUAACAGCCGACGAAUUCGAGCACCACCUCGAAUCCAUCUCCCUUCCCUCAACCUGGGACCGCAAACUGCAAAAGAGCGGCGCCCACGCCAUCGUCAUCUUCGCCGACAAAGCCAGCAUGGACUCCAGCCUAAAAGCAUCCGCCAAGGCCGCCAAGCGCGGCUCCUCCAUCGUCUGGGCAGAGAACCUGCCUGCUAACCGGAUCCCCGCGCUCGGUUUAAACAGAUACGUCGCUCACGAGCGCUUGCAGUACCCCGAGCGUGGGACGCUGCUCCGCGCCGUGAACGAGUUCAUGACUACCUUCAGUGCUGUUUCGGAGGCGCGCAAGCGCGAAGAUCAUAAGCGCUUUGCGGAGCCGGAUGAGGAUGGUUUCGUUACUGUGCAGCAUGGGCCGAAGUUGAACUCUGUUGCUAGGGAGGAGGAGUUGCGUGAGCUCGUUGAGAAGGAGAAGAAGAAGAGGGAGGGUCUUGAGGACUUUUAUCGAUUCCAGUCUAGGGAGAAGAGAAAGGAGAGGCAGAAUCGGUUGCUUAAGAGGUUCGAUGAGGAUAAGAAGAAGUUGGCGGAUAUUAAGGCUCGGAGGGGCAAGAUUCGGCCUGAGUGA